AUAUUCUCUUUCCUUUGUUAUCCAAUUUUCUUUUCGAAACUUUGGUGAAACUUUGAGAUUUUAUUCGAACUCCAAAUCUUUGCCCUCAGCUGAAUUCUUCCCAAAAAACAAAACUUGUGAAUAUGGUGGUGCAUGUUGCAAAAAUUCACAUUAUGAAUGAUAGCGGACAUAUUAAAGUAAAGCAAAAGACUUAAAAUAAAGUAAAGCACUCUAAUAAAUCCAGCUUUUCCAACAACGAUUUUUUUUUACCAUGUGGGUAUUUAGGUGAUGAAUGAAUUCACCUCAGAAUUAUACUUCUUACACGAUAUUUCGAUAGUUUUUCAUAGAUAACUAGAAACAUUAUAAAGGAGGGGCAUAAAACCUAGAUAGAUAAAUCAACAUUUAUACAUCAAAGGAAGGGACAAAAAUAGGAGCCAUGAAAUCAGAAAUUAGUGACAUUUUCUCUUUUUAUAUAAAUCAAAGAGUAAUGAAGAUUUCUCACAAGUACCUGAAUUCAAUUGAGAAAACUCUAGAAUGGAUAAUUUUGUACCUUCCAAUGCAUCGAAAAAGCCCUAAAUCGAAUCCGAGAAAAAGGGGCACGCGAAGUUGGGUGAAAUGGAGAGAGCCAACCGAAAAACUAAGGGAGGUGUUUGUAAUUUUUUCUCUUUAAAUGGAGCUAUAUUUAAAACGUUCCAUUGAUAGGAGCACUUGUGGGAAUUACAUGGGAGUACUUUUAUUGUUUACUCCCUCGAUCAUAUAAAAAUUACAUAUAAGUGGGACGUACUAGCCCGAGCUUUAUAGGAGUACUUUUACGAAUAUAAAUAUUAUACUCAACUUAGACCCGGCUAGCGGAGUACCGGAACAAUGGCUAUAUGCGUGAUUUAAAUAUCACAUCGGUUAUUCCCCCUUUUCAAGAGCGAGGGAGGUUGCGUCCAUGGCAGAAGAAUCCAAAGAUGCAGAAAACAAGCGACAUGGCGGAGAUGGAAGUGGGUCCAUUGAUCCAGGUUAAGGUCCUCUUCUUUGCGAGAGCUCGAGAACUUACUGGAUUGACUGAUAUAUCUCUUCUAAUGCCACCACGAAGCACAGCCCGAGACUGUAUGAGUAAGCUUUUAAAUAAGUUUCCGAAAUUAGAGGAAAUAUAUAACUCCAUGGUUGUGGCACUGAAUGAAGAGUAUGCUCCAGAAUCAACAGUUUUGAGAAACAGUGAUGAGUUAGCAAUUAUUCCACCAAUUAGCGGAGGCUAAAUAACAUCAUGGGAACAAAUGCUUGGUUUUUGUAUCAUUGUUGAAUCUUAUUGCAAAUGGUUGCCGUUAAAAGAUUAUGUUCUUUGAUCAUAUCUAUUAAUUCUGUUAUGUUCUCAUGGAGAAGGAUUGUCAGAAUUUACCUUCCAUCUUGUAAUGGAAAUUUGCUCAAAUACUGUUGUUUAUAGAAGGCAAAUAUAAUGUGGAGGAUUCUUUUUAUUUUUC